AUGGCCAAAGUGGUAAAGGGAAUGGCUGAUUUUCUGCCAUCAUCCUUUUCUACGAAUUGCUAUCAGAAAAUAGUUCGUGUAGGAGAGAAAAUUUGUAAGACUUUUGAUUAUCAAUUUAUGCAAACUCCGAUAGUGGAAGAGCGAAGGCUUUUUGAGAGAACACUCGGAACUGACACAGACAUUAUUUCGAAAGAAAUGUUUUUAUUGGCAGCAAGGGAUCCGUCGGAAGGAAAUAAGUUAUGCUUGAGACCUGAAAAUACAGCCUCCAUUAUGAGAAGUAUUAUUGAGAAUAGUUUGUCGUAUAAACAGCGUAUUUAUUAUUAUGGACCAAUGUUUAGAUAUGAAAGGCCACAGAAGGGUAGACAACGACAAUUCCAUCAAUUUGGAGUGGAAUGUUUAGGGUCGGACCAUUACCAGUCAGAUUUGGAGUCAUUGGAAUUGGCUUUUCAAUUUUUGAGUGGAGUUUUGGAUGGUAGAACUGAUUUAUUCACAUUAGAAAUUAAUAGUAUUGGAACUUUAGAGGAGAGAGAGGCUUAUCAAAUCGAAUUAUUGAAAUUUAUUCGUAAUCAUUUGGAUUUGUUUUUUAGACAAGUCGAAAAAUCAAAUACUGAACAAGAGAAACAUGCUUUUGUCUUCUCUCAAGAUACACGGGAUCGUAUUGAUAUGGCCAUCAAAGAAAAUAACCCAAGAAGAGUGUGGAGAAUUCUGGACUCAAAACAAGAUGAGGCUCUCAUUGAGGACGCCAUUAAAAAUCACGGAAUGCCUCAAUUACAACAGUUUCAAAGCGAACAAAACAGAAUAAGAUUUGAAAAUGUUCUGAAAGGGCUAUCGUGGUUAAAUAUUCCUUACGUGAUUAAUCCUUCUCUGAUACGAGGUCUAGAUUACUAUACUCACACUACCUUUGAAUUUAAAAGUACAAAUAUUGGAGCCAAGUCAACAAUUUUAGCUGGAGGGCGAUAUGACACCCUUGCAAAGCAGUUGGGCUCACCAAACAUGAUUCCAGCAGUAGGAUGGGCAAGUGGUAUUGAAAGACUCACCAUUCUCAUGGAAGAACUCGAAAAAAACAAAACACAACCAUUCUCUCAAUUCUUGCCAAAAGUUUUUGUUGCUGUUAUUCGAGGAACAGAAAGUACCCAUGGAGUGAGCGAAGAUGAUUUGGCACGAUUUGCAUUGAAUAUUUCUCAACAACUUCGUUCCCAAGGCUUUACUGUGAACUAUUUGGAGAAGGGAAACUUAUCAAAACAAUUGAAGCACGCUCAAUCAAACAAGUGUUUGCUGAGCUGCAUCAUUGGAGACGAGGAGUAUGUGAAACAGCAAGUUCUUUUGAAAAAUCUGGACACUGGAGCACAACAGCAUGUCUCUCUUGAAAACCUAGGAAAUGCCAUUCAUUCGAUUUUUAACUCUUAA